AUGAAGCUCCAUAUUGGUGCGGCUCUUACGCUUCUCUUCUUCCUCCACUUUGCUUGCCCUGCGGACCCCGCACUCGGAAAGGCGGAUCAGAAGUUCGACUUCACUUCCGGAUCUUCUUCGGAAUUCACUGCCUCCGGCAGUGUCACCUACGAUGGCACCAAUGGAGCGACUUUCACCGUUGCCAAGGAAGGUGAUGGGCCACUGAUCCAGUCCAACUGGUACAUCAUGUUUGGACAUGUCGAAUAUACAAUCAAGGCCGCACCCGGAACUGGAAUCGUCAGCAGUGCUGUUUUGCAAUCCGAUGACUUGGACGAAAUCGACUGGGAGUGGCUUGGUGGCAACAAUGCUCAAGUGCAAAGCAACUAUUUCGGCAAGGGUGAUACUAGCAGCUACAAUCGCGGCGCUUACCACGACAACUCCGACAACCAUGACGACUUCCAUACUUACUCAAUUGACUGGUCGAGCACUCAAAUUAUUUGGGCCAUCGACGGCAAGACCGUGCGCGUUCUGACUCCUAGCACUGCGGACGACAACCAGUACCCUCAGACACCGAUGAUGGUAAAGGUCGGAGUUUGGGCCGGUGGCGACCCCAACAAUGCCCAGGGAACUAUCGAUUGGGCUGGCGGCGUGACCGACUAUACCAACGGGCCGUACAGCAUGUACAUGAAGUCCAUGACUGUGACCGACUAUUCCACUGGAAAUUCGUAUAGCUACGGCGAUAUGACUGGCAGUUGGUCCUCCAUCACUGCAGACGGCGGUAAGGUGAACGGCAAUAGCGCCGAUGAGCCCACGGCGACCGAGUCUGCCCCUGCAAUCACGGCUACGGUCGACAGCAUUCCCGUCCCCUGGAGCGGAACUCACAAGGAAACCUCCAGCUGGGUUACCCCCAACGUUUGGCCCUGGGUUGCAACAGAUGCGCCAUCUUCAACUUCCGCCGACCAUUCCAGCAAAUGGGAAUCCCGUUCCAACCGAAUCCAGCCGCCCAGCGGGGGAUCAAUGAGUGAGCACUCCCCCGCACCCACAAAUUCUUCCCUGGCCUCGAUCGCUAAGACCGGAUCUUCUCUCUCGCAGUCUACUUUCCUAUCUACGUCAGCUUCAUUGGCUUCAUCGUCGGCUGCCUUUUCCCCUUCUGGGCUUAAGAGCUCAUCGAUGAGUGUGACGCGGCACAAGACCACGACAACCAAAAAGCACUGGACACGACCUACAGAUACCGAGGAUGACACUGAUGGCGAGGCUACCGCAACGGCAAACUCCUCUCACGACGCCCCUUCGGUCAAUGCUGCCACCAGUCGGCACCAGUCCCCGGCGAGUCUUACUGUCCUGUCGGCAAUCUUGGGUGGUAUAAUCUUCGGUGGCAUCUUCAUGAUGCUCUAA